UUGUAAGAGAAGUCUCCGGGACUUGGCCGGUCAUGGCUCUGCUCCUCCACGUCCUCUCCUGCUUGCUCGGAUUGGGCUCCUGGGUUGCCAUCAAUGGUGUGUGGGUGGAGUUGCCUCUCUUGGUGCCUCAGGCACCCGAAGGUUGGGAGUUGCCCUCUUACUUGUCUCUCCUUAUCCAGUUUGCCAAUAUUGGGCCCCUGGCAGUCACUCUGACUCAUAGGUUUUGUCCGGGGCGACUCCGGGAGGGCCCCGUCAUAUUUGCCCUGUUAGGGGUGGGGGUUGUGUCCUGUUUGCUCCUGGCAUUUCUGUGGCAGGAAACAAGCUGCGUAGGAGGCACGCGGAGGAGUACGGCCCUCCUCUCGCUCAUCUUCUUCCUGUCCUUGGUGGACUGCACCUCCUCUGUCACCUUCCUUCCAUACAUGACCCGUCUCCGGCCUGACUACCUCAUCUCAUAUUUCAUCGGAGAGGGUCUAAGUGGCUUGAUGCCCGCGCUCCUGGCCCUGGCUCAAGGCGUCGGGGUCCUGAGCUGUGACCCCGUGAACAUCACCGAGACCAACAAGUCAUUUGCGUCUGGGAAUCUCACAGCGGUCUACCAGCCGGCCAGGUUUCCCGCCUGGGGCUUCUUCUUGUUCCUGGCGGGCAUGAUGGUCAUCUCUCUAAUAGCCUUCACCAUCCUCCACACCAUGCCCGGCACAAAGAUCCUCAGACACCAAGAGGUGGUGAAGAACAGGAAGAAAGAGGGAAAGGGGGUGGAGCAACGACCAAUGAUGGAGGUCACUGGGGUGAAGGAGGACAGGAGAAGAUAUUCAAUGUGGGAAAAGAUCUUCAUCUUCCUCGUCCUGGCUUGGGUCAACGCGCUGACCAACGCCGUGCUGCCUUCAGUCCAGACUUAUUCCUGCAUGCCAUACGGAGGACGCGUCUACCACCUGGCCGCCACUCUUGCCUCCAUGGCAAACCCGCUGGCCUGUGGCAUAGCCAUGUAUCUGCCCAACAGGUCUCUUGUCACUGUCGGUGUGCUGUCAUUGGUCGGUUCCAUUUUUGGCUCCUACAUCAUGUGUAUGGCAGUGCUGAGUCCAUGUCCACCUCUUCUACACAGCGCCAUUGGAGGAGCGCUAAUGGAUGAUCAUAUGGUGGUUCUGUCUCGGCAGGUCGGGUUCUGGGUGCUGUUUGUCGGGAUUCUCUCCUAUGUGAAGGUUGUUAUCGGAAUGAUUCUGCGGGAUGAAGGACACAGCGCCCUGGUCUGGUGCGGUGCGGUGGUGCAGCUGGGCUCUAUGGUGGGGGCCCUGACUAUGUUCCCCGUGGUCAACGUGUACUCCUUCUUUCGGUCUGGUGACCCCUGCACACAGUACUGCCCCCAAUAGCAUCCCAGGAGGAGGGG